AUGCUGAAUGGGGAAUCCUGCCAAUGGUACAAGUUCGACUUCACAGUCUCCAAGACAGAGAUUUCCGCCUUGGAUGGCCCCACUGUAGACGAGGCAGGCCCUGAUGGCACCAUUAUCUUCAACUGUGCUGAGCAGUUCAUAAUGUCCUGCAAGGCCGCAGGGUUCCACGAUGCCCCGACACAGGCGGGCGUGCUAGCGACGAGUAGCCCAAAGGAACAAAAGACACUGGGGAGGAACGUCACUGGAUUCACGGACGAGAGUUGGGACCAAAUUAAGAGUACUGUCGCCGAGACAGGUAAUAAAGCAAAAUUUGGACAUAACACACGCCUGGGCAGAAAGCUGUUAUCCGCGGGCGAUCGUUUGCUAUGCGAGGCUGCCUCAAAGGAUCGCGUUUCGGGGAUUGGAUAUAUCGCUUAG